AUGAUCCAGCAGAAGCAGUCUGAGCACGAGAGCAAUGAGAGGCGGGAGGUUGACCAGCGGUCUCAGCUCGUCGGCGAACACUGGACACGCCGACUCGCACUCGCUCGCUCGGGAGGACUCGCGGCUGCCAGGAUGCACAUUCACAAGUACAAGGUCAAACCCCGCAAGCAGGCCCACGUUGCGCCGUGCGCGCUCGAGCUCACCACCAUGCUUGGCUGCUGGGCGAGCAGCGGCGACCUCACCAGCGGGCGCGAGUGCCGCGAGGCCAUGUUGCGGCUGCAGGAGUGCAUGCGCAAGCCGAUGCCUAAGGGCAAGCCUCGGGUGUCGUCCAUCAACUACCACCUCGCCCGCGCCAACAUGCCCCGGUAG